AUGUUAAGUUGGACAUGUAUUGGUUCGGGAAAAUCUGGUUUGUACACAAAUUAUUAUCGUCAUCGUGAUAGUUGUAAUUAUUGUGCACCAGAACUUGAAGAAGAGAAACAACAGAUAAUGAAGGAAAAGAAACAACAGUUUCGAGCUUUGAAUGGUAAACAACCCCCGUGGUCAGAAUGGGGACGUAGUGAUGAAUCUUGCGUACGACCUACGGGGCUUGACGUCGAACAACUAUUUAAAAAAGCUACAGCUAUUUAA